UUUGCCCCAAUACAUACCAGCAGCCAGAAAUAGGGUAAAUAAGAGAAUAAACCCAAAGGCCCCAGUAGGAAAAGCACUGUAUAAUUUAUUUUGAAAUUAUUUAAAAUUUUUUAGUUAAUGGAAAAAAUACUUUUAUUUUAAAAUUGUGUUUAUGUAAUUUUCAUUUUUAUAUUUUUAUUAUCUCAUGUUUAUUUUUAGUUUCAUUUCCCCCCCCCAGCCUUUUCUUUGUCACAGAAAGUUUUUGUGGUGAGCUGCUAUCAGCCAGCCUUCCUGCCCUCUGCAAAGGCAGCUGCUCCAGUGGUGUGUGACCAGUGAUUACAGAAAAACCCUAAAAAACACAAAAUAAAUUACGUUUUAGGGUAAAACCCUGCAGCUGGGUAGCUUAAUUGCAAGAACACUUAUUUUAAUAUUUUUAUAGUAAAAAAACUUAUAAAAUGGGAUGAGGGAACUGUACUUCUCCUUUGUAGAAUCCCUGAAGGCUGUUCUGAGGUGCCCUGACAUUCUGGAACAGAGUGAUCUCCAGCAGUGUUUUGUCCAACUGCACACUAAAAAAAAAGCAUAUUUGGACAAUCCAUCUCCCUAGCUGAGAAAAAAUUCCAGAAAUGUAGGGAAGGAAGGUGAAUUGCUGCUGGGUGGAGCUGGAGGGGAACCCCUGGUUCAGUGGGUGGGCAGGUGGCCCUGGGCAGGCAGCCCCUUCUUCAUUGCCCUUAAGGAGGCACAGGAAAAUCCCUGAGAAAGCAAUAAAAUAAACCAAAACAACUUUUUUUUUUUUUUAAUACUUUGUUUCUCUUCACAGGAGCAGGUUGUGCCUCAGCAUUGGGCUUGUUCCCACAGAGCAGACACAGGUGACUGGGUCUGGGAUGGGCCUGGGAGCUGAGGGGAGGUCAUCUUAAAUUUUGACUGGAAGAGAGACUUUCAAUUGCAAGAAAAAGUUUUUAAUUGCAAGAGAAAAUUUUAAUUGAGGGGAUUUUAAUAGGGGGAGAUUAUUUUAAAUGGGGGGGAAAAACUUUAAUUUAGAGGAGAAAACCUUAAUUUUGGAGAGAAAAUAUUAACUGGAAAGAAAAUAUUAAUUGAGGAGAGAAGGUAUUAAUUGGGGGAAAAACUUUAAUGGGGAGAAAAGUUUGCAGGGAGAAAACUUUGAUUACAGCAGAAAAUUUUAACUGCAGGGAGAAAAUGUUACCUGACGAGACUUUAUAGGGGAAGGAUUUAAUUGGUGGAGAAAAAUAAUUUGGGUGGAAAUUUGAUUUUGGGGAAAAAACUUGACUUACAGGGAGAAAAUUCAAGGGGAGAAAAGUAUAAUUAGGCAGAUAAAACUAACUGGGGGGAGAGGAAAUUUUAAUUGCAGGGACAAGACUUUAACUGUGAAGGAAAACUUCAGGUGGGGAGAAAAUUUUAUGGUGCAGGGAGAAAAUUUUAAAUGGUGAGAAAAUUUUAAUUGAGCAUGGAGAGCCUUUGUGACACCUCUGAUAGACGGAACUUUGCUUGGCAGGUGAGGCAAGAGCACCUUUAAAGGUGGAACCCCAAAAAUGGAGGAAAUGAGAGUUUAUUCCGGAUUUUUGGGCAUGGAAAGGAACAAGCGGGCAGGUCACAGCAUGGAGAUGAAGCCCGAGGCACGUGUCGCCUGCCAGGUAAUGCUGGCAGUGCUUUUCACAGCUCUGUUCAUCACAGCCAUCACUUUUGCAGUGCAAGCUUUUCAGCCUCAUGCCCAGCCCUGCUUUCAGUGUCCCUUUGACUGGAUCAGGUACAGAGGAAAAUGCUACUAUUUUUCUGAGGUUGAGGGGAACUGGACAUCCAGCCAGGACAACUGCUCAGCUCUUGGUGCUUCCUUGGCCAUGCUGGACAGCAUGGAGGACUUGAGCUUUGUGAUGAGAUACAAAGGCAUCUCAGAGCAUUGGAUUGGCCUUUUGCGGGAGGAUGAGGACCAGCCGUGGCAAUGGGUGAACCGCUCACCUCUAUCUCACCUGUUUCGGAUCCAUGGUAGUGGGCUCUGUGCUUACCUGGAUGACAACGGGCUCAACUCCUCCCACUGCAGCACAGAGAAGAGCUGGAUUUGUAAUAAACAUGAGCUGCAGAGCUCAGGCAAGGGCAACAGGAUGAGACGGCCUCCAAACCUCUGUGUCAGCUCCUUGGGUGCUGCAGGGAGGCCUUCUCACUCCCAGAUAUCUGGUGCACCAUAGGGACAUGAAAGAAAAUCUCAAAAAUAUUUUGAAAUCCCUGGACAAGGGGUUAUUGGGGUUUCCAGGGGCCAACAAGAUGUUUCUGACACAAGGCAGCCUUUGGGGAUCCACAUGAGAUAGUUCUUGAGAAUCUGGGGGCCAGGGUGGGGGGGCAGGGCAGCCCAUGGGGCUAUUUUUGGG